ACUAUGGAUUGGAGCAGAGGCCAUAUCUUAGGCUGCGGCUCCUCCGCCACCGUCUCUCUCGCCUCCUCCUCACGCUCUGACCUCGUCUUCGCCGUCAAGUCAUCGGGGCUCUCUCGCUCUCAGUUCUUACAGAGAGAACAGAGUAUCCUGUCUACUGUGUCCUCUCCUUAUAUUGUUGCCUAUAAAGGGUGUGAUGUUAGUAGAGAGAAUAACCAGCUCUUUUACAAUCUCUUCAUGGAGUACAUGCCCUUCGGUACUGUUCUUCAGGCGGUUCAACGGCACGGUGGCCGCCUCGACUUAGGGUUGGUAGGGUUCUAUACGUGGCAAAUUUUGCAGGGGCUGGAGUAUUUACAUUCCAACAAGUUGGCACAUUGUGAUAUUAAGAGCACCAACAUAUUGAUCGGUGAAGAUGGAGCGAAGAUUUCGGAUUUUGGGUGUGCCAAGCGGGUUGAUGACACGGCAGCGCCGAUCAGCGGGACGCCGAUGUUCAUGGCGCCGGAGGUGGCGCGUGGGGAUGAACAGGGGUAUGCUGGUGAUAUUUGGGCACUUGGGUGCACAGUGAUUGAAAUGGCUACUGGGGAUUCGCCGUGGCCGAACAUGUCGGACCCUUUCUCGGUUCUUCACCGGAUAGCAUAUGCCGGCGAGACGCCCGAGAUUCCAGGGUCUCUACCGGAGGAAGCAAAGGAUUUCUUAGACAAGUGCUUGAGGAGGAAUCCGACAGAGAGAUGGACGGCUACUCAACUGUUAAAACACCCAUUCGUCACGGAAUUCAAUUCGAAAUCCAUCGAGAAGGAAAUUGAAAAACUCAAUUCGAGUUCACCCACAUGCGUACUUGAGCAGGGGUUUUGGAAUUCCAUGGAAGAACCGGAAACUCACGGAAAUUUGAUCCGUACGAGGUUCGAAAAUUCUGCUUCUGAUAGAAUCAGAAGGCUAGCUGAGUUCUCAGGGGAACCCAGAUUGACGAGUGAUGAUAACUGGGUCACAAUCAGAGGAAUCGAUGAAACAUCAGCUUCAACCAGCGACGAUGACUUGGAAGAGUCGGUGAAAAGCAACGUUAGAAGUAGUAGAAUUAGUGGGUGUUUUACCGGAAAUUACGAAUUUAGUGAAAUUAGUGAUAUGAUUAGUACUCAUUACAAUUUUGAGAGAGGCACUGUUAAUAGGGUGAUACAAGCUUCCAUGUCAGCUUAUUCGUGAUUAAUUUAUUCAAGAUUCAAUCUUUCCUCUCCAUCUCUUUCUCUAUUCCUCUGUAGUUAAUUUUACAGGACAGACUUUUCAGUUGAGGCCAA